AAAACCCUAGCCCUAGAUAUAUAAACCCAAUUGAAAAAUCGGCUUUCGUCUCAUUUAGCCCCAAGCAGUCGUCCACCCUAGAAGCUUUCAGUCCCUCAGCUCCGCAGUCGCCGCUCUUACUUGACCUUUCUCCGUUAGAGUCUUUCCAAUUCAUGUUUUACUUUAUCUCAUAAUUGAUUUUGUUUGUGCUUAUGCUUAUUUCCUUGCGAGCAGGGGCAGAAAUGGCGUACGCUGCUAUGAAGCCGACAAAACCGGGACUCGAAGACCCUCAGGAGCAGCUUCACAAGAUCCGCAUCACUCUGUCCUCGAAGAAUGUGAAAAAUCUCGAGAAAGUUUGUGCUGACUUAAUACGUGGUGCCAAGGACAAAAGACUCAAGGUGAAGGGACCAGUGAGAAUGCCAACCAAAGUUCUUCAUAUUACUACCCGGAAAUCACCAUGUGGUGAAGGAACUAAUACAUGGGAUAGGUUUGAGCUUCGAGUACACAAGCGUGUGAUCGACCUUUUUAGCUCCCCUGAUGUUGUGAAGCAAAUAACUUCAAUCACCAUUGAACCUGGUGUUGAAGUGGAAGUUACCAUUGCUGAUUCUUAGAUAUCAGUUGCCAUUUUGCUGUAUUUCGUGUAUGUCCUGGUUAAAUUGAAUGCUUGGUUCAUUGAUUUUGUCCGGGCUUGGAGUUUGAAUAUUCGCAAAUGUUGAUGUAAUGGAACCCUUGAGCUUAAGCCUUGUAACCAGUUUGUAUAAGACUCCAAGAAGAUUGGGUUGAUAUUGCUUGUGUUGAAUUCCCGAUAUCUCUUGGGUUUUGAAAAAGAAUUUUAGAUUCUACUGAAGUCAUUUACAAGUUAUUUGUUUCUCCUUUUAACUUGAGAAUCAUUGAGAGUCAACUGGGUUAAAUCUUUGAAUAUUUAGAAUUUCUAGUAGAAUAAAUUAUUUGAAUUUGAG